AUUUCACAGUUGCAGAUAGCAAUGUGUUUGAAGACGUUCUACUUAAAAGACCAAAGUGAUCCAAUUUUAACUGAUACAAUUGUAGAUAGAGCAGCCGAAAACGACAGUGAAUACAUUGUAUGUAGAAACCCGGAUACGCUUGGUGACUUUCUAGAUAUAGAGUCAGGUGAUUCAAUGAGUGUAGAUAUAGAUGCAGUUGAUGAAAUAGCAGACAGUCACACACUAGAUGAUGUUUUUGUUAUAGAAACAAAUGAUGAAACCGUUGACAUAACAGAAUCAGAUGACGAUAGUGUAAACAUCGAGGCAAUAGCUCUCCAAAAUGAUCAAGAUGAAGUGGACAUAACAACAGCCAGGAAUGACAUUGAUGAUACAUACAACGAUAUUGUUGAUAAUGAUGAUAACCUGUUUGGUAUCAUGAGCCUCUACAUAAAGAGUGAUCUACACUUUGACUUACAAAACAUACCAGCAUCAGCCGAGCAUUCUGGCCAGAAGAAAGACUUUGGAUAUAAAUUCUUUUCAUUUUCAACAUUCUUUAAAUAGGAUAAUAAAUAUGAGAUUAAAUA